AUGACAGCCUCCGGAUCAGCCUCAGGCCGGUCCUCCGGUUCCGGCGGGCGCCCGACGCUCGGGACAAACUUCUUCCCAAGCCUGAACACCGUGGCGGAAUACCUGACCGGGGCCGUGCUUCUGGGCCUCCAGCAGGUGCGAGCCUGUUUCGACAACACGACGACCGGGCCGGAUGCCCAGAAGCCGGGCUGUCUGUUCCGGUUCCCGGCCAUGCCACUGGCCAGCCCGGGGUCGCGCUCGGUCGGCCAGGCCCUGACUCCGCAGGAGGCGGCUCAUAUGCGCCUGUAUCUCGGGCCCGGGUGGGACACCGGGCGCUGGCCGGCCCACCUGGUCGAUGCCCUGGGGCUUGUGGUGUUCCGGCUGCUGGAGGCCCUGCUCGGGGUGGAGACGAACAUCGUGCUGGAUGCCCCGCCGACAGCCACCCCGACGGCCAAGCCUCCGGCCCCGAGCGCCAGUGACUCGCCCCUGGUGCCUCUCUUCGGCCAGGUAUUCGACCAGCUGUCCAUUGCGCUGAUGAGCCCGUCGCCCGAGCGCGAGCAGCACAGCCCCGGCGUGGAGGCUCUCCAGCACCUGCCAAAUGGCCUGGUCACGCACCUGGUGGACCAGCUGCUUUCGGCCCUGGCCUGCUUGGAGUACAGCAGCUUCUAUGGGUCGCUGAUGGUGGCCAGCGGCACCCAGCGGCCGGUUGACCCGACGGUUCCCUCGGGCUUCCUCCGGUGCCACUUGUCCGGGCUGCUCUAUGUUUCGCGGGCGGUGUCCCUGUUGCUGACCAUUUGGCUGACACGGCAGCCGCGCUUGAGCAUCCUCCUGCAGGAGUCCUUCCUGGCCCACCGCCAGCAGGGGAAGGAGGGCAAGCAGGCCGAGCGCCAUCAGAAGCGCCUGCCUGCCGGGCGGUCCGCCACCCCUGGCGAGGCGUCCUCCCCGUCUGGCAUGGAGUCGCCGCCCCUGCCGCCGGCCAUCGCCGACUUGGUGCAAUUCUUCCACGGCUGGACGGACAAGAUCCAGGCCGAGCUCGGGGCCGUCGGGUCCAUGGGAUCGGCGUUGACACCGACGCCGACGCCGACGCCGACGCCGCCCCCGCCGCCGUCACCCUCGCCAUCCUCGCCACUGUCAUCGUCAUCGUCGUUGUUGUUGUCCUCGUCGUCAUCGUCCUCGCGAAUGGGCGACUCCUCGUCCACCCCCCCGGCCAGGGGCGGUGCCAGCCCCGCCACGGGGGACCUCCCGUCCGGCGAGGAUCUUGGGCCGCCGGCGGCCGAGCUCCUCGCUGGUGGUGCCCUCUCGGAGGAGGACCCGCUGACGUCGCGCUUUUCGCGGCUCUUUUGCCAUGUGCAGCUAAGUCUCGAUGAGUUGAUGAUGCUGCCGAUGGCGGCCACCGCCGCCGCCGCCACCCCGUCGACCGUCCGGGUGUCCGCGCCGCAAGUGGCCUCGGCCGUGCACCAUGCCGUGGCGACGCGAUACUUCCGGCAUCAGCGCGACCUGGUCCCGGCCAUCGAGUUGCUCUUCCACAACCCAGCCACCGAUGGGCACCGGAAACUGGCCGAGUCACUUGGGAUUGCUUGGGCCCCGGCGCUGGGUCUGGGUGGCGGCCCCACAUGGAGUGUCUUCUUCCCGCCCUCCUCGUCGUGCCCUCUGGGCCGGCCGCAUUUCAUUCGUCUUGGGCUAUCCCCCACCAUGGCCGCGUGUUUGGAACGCGCGCCCUCGGUCUUCCACAGCCUGCGCAAAACCUGCCUGGCUCUUCACGACUUCCUAUGGAUGCCUCUGCUGAAUCCCUACUCAAAGAUCGCGUCAUUGAACAACAUUCUCAUGUCCCUGGUGGACGAGGUGAACACCCUUACAGCGGCCGAGGCUCAGCCUCCCCCGUUGCUGGCCACCCAGCGGCCUGUCGAUGCCCCCACCUUGGAGUCCUUCUUCCAACUGAAUCACGGCGUUCUCUCACCAGAUCUGGUCGGACUCGUGGCCAUGGCCCUCCUCCUGACCCUCCUAUCCAAGGAGCAUCUUGUGACGCUGAGCCAUUCGUCCAACCCCUUCCUUCACAUUGACUUCUGUCGGAGCUUCUGUCUCUCCCCGCUGGUCUUCCCCCCUUUGUCUUCGACUUCACUCGGGGAGUUGCUGCUCGAGCGCAACGACCAAGCGGGCCUACGCUUCGUCGACCUCUCGCGCACGGAGUUUGACCUCCCCUCGGCCGAGAUCCUCACCUACUUUGUGCUGUCCACGUCGAUCGCCGAGCGCUGCUCGGCCGAGCAGGUGGCCGAGCUUCGCCGCGAGGGGGACACCUUCCUCCGGCGCCUGUCUCUGGAGCCGGACCGUAUCGCCCACCGGGCCGCCUCCUCGGACCAGCUGGCCCGGCCAGGGGUCUCCACCCCGCCGGGCUCCAUCUCCCCAGCCCAGGAAACCAUUCAGGAAUUCCAACAGGCCCUCUACUCACCGGCCUCCUUCGUGCUGGCGUUGCUGGAGGCGGCCCUCGGGCGACUGCUGGCCGAGUAGGCCCUGUCGAGUUCCCUUGGCAUGCUCUUUCUGGCUGGUCUCUCCCCCCUCCCUCUGCCCCUCUUCUUCUUUGCCCCCCCCCCCUUGCCUGGAAUGCACACAUCGCGUCUCGCCCCAGCGAGAUGUCCUUCUUCUUUGAUAA